GCAAGCAUGUCGGCGGCCGCGCACAGACGUCAGGCUGCUGGGCUGAGAGGAGAAGCCCCCGCCGCCGCCUCUGCCGCGCCAGCAGCCCCCGCUCGCGGAGAUGAGGAGCCGGGCAUGGCGGCGGCCCCGAGCCUCACCGUCUGCCUCAGGCUGCUGGCCGCUGCCUUCUACGGUUUCAGCUCCUUCCUCAUCGUGGUGGUCAACAAGAGUGUCCUCACCAGCUACGGAUUUCCUUCCUCGCUAUGUGUGGGACUAGGUCAGAUGUUGGCUACAGUGGUUGUCCUCUGGGUGGGAAAGGCACUCAGGGUGGUGAAGUUUCCAGACUUUGACAGAAAUAUACCUCGAAAGACAUUUCCACUACCUCUUCUAUAUUUUGGGAACCAAAUCACAGGACUGUUCAGCACAAAGAAACUAAACCUGCCAAUGUUUACGGUCCUGAGAAGGUUUUCCAUUCUGUUUACAAUGUUUGCUGAAGGAAUUUUACUCAAGAAAAAAUUUUCUUGGGGAAUUCAGAUGACAGUAUUCGCAAUGAUAAUUGGUGCAUUUGUAGCUGCAAGUUCUGACCUGGCAUUUGAUCUGGAAGGUUACAUUUUUAUAUUGAUUAAUGAUGUCUUGACAGCUGCAAAUGGUGCAUAUGUAAAACAGAAAUUAGAUUCAAAGGAGUUAGGAAAAUAUGGCCUCCUUUAUUACAAUGCACUAUUCAUGAUUCUUCCUACUUUGGCCAUUGCCUAUUUCACAGGAGAUGUGCAAAAGGCAAUGGACUACAAAGGCUGGGCAGACUCUCUCUUUCUCAUACAAUUUACACUGUCAUGUAUAAUGGGGUUUAUUCUUAUGUAUUCAACAGUACUUUGCACUCAGUAUAAUUCUGCUCUUACAACUACAAUAGUUGGAUGUAUUAAGAAUAUAUUAAUAACUUACAUUGGUAUGUUCUUUGGAGGUGAUUAUAUUUUCUCAUGGAUGAACUUUAUAGGUUUAAAUAUCAGAUGUGAAGAAAAGAAUGUAAGAACCACACUUUCUCCGGGAAAGAGGAUGGGGAUUUAUGGCCCUGCAGAAACCUCAGCCAACAGAAAGCAAAUUGAGGGAAAACUUCAUGUUAACAUGUUAUUGCUGGAAGCCUGGUGUAUUCUUACAUCACUUUUACAGAAGAGCAAAUGAACAAGCAGUCUGAAGCUAGCAUCAAGAUGGACAUUAAAGGGAAAAGCUCUGUAUGACAAAGGGGUUACUAAAUGAAAGUAAUUCAUACUAGUCAGCAAUGAUUGCUGAUAAAUCAUUAGACUAUACUGUGUGAAUGGAAUAGUAUGGGCACUUUGCACAAUCUGAAGAUUGCUGCCUUUUUAAAAAUACAGGUAUUUAUAAUUGACUAUACAUGAAAUAUACAGGUUUUUGGUUAACUCUAAACCUGUGAAAAAUUUUUAAAAAUUAUCGCAUCACACACUGAGAACACUGAUAGACAAAACUUCUUAUGGAGAGAAUUUGUCCUAAACAUUUCAGAACCAAGUGGGGCUAUGAGCAGGCUUUUUUUUUCACCUGUUCAAAAAGAUGGAUUGUCCUUGUAGAUCCAUCAGAUUUCAGCAGAAUGCAAUUCACAGUAAGGUUAACGUUGGCUUAUUGCAAAAAUUGUUAAUAUAGGGCGCACCUAAUUUCAAAUGACAUCAGUGGUCCCUUUGCACACUUAAAAAUCUGAGCAUUGUUUGUUAUCUUCAUUGGUAUUUAAGUAUACUUUCAAGUUACCAGAGAAGUCGCCCAAUAGAAAUUCCUGCCAAGGAGCUUAUAAUCUUAGGUCCAUUGUUUUAACAAGGGUCUGAGUAACAGUCUUAUGGAGUAAUGCGAAAUGCAAACUAUAGCAUGUCCUGCUACUAGGAUUUUACUUGAUUAGGCUUGCACAUUUUUUGUCAGAAGUUCCUCUUUCUGCUUAAAUGGAUAAACUAGUUGUCUCCCUUGGAAAAUAAGUGUUUGUUACAGGCACCUUUCUUGAAAUGUCCUCUUUGAAACUGUCAAUUACAGAAAUGUACUCAGCUGUCUUUUACUUGCAAAUUUUGUUCAUUAAACACUGUAAAGACCCCCCCCCCCCCAAUUACUGGAAAAAUAACAUCAAGAAGACAAAAGCAAUGACUACUGAGGAAUUACACAAUUAUAAAGUUGACAAUGAGGAAAUUGAAAUUGUACAAGAUUUUAUAUUCCUCAAUCAUCAACCAAAAGGGAGACCGCAACGAAAGAUUGAGACUUGGAAGAGCAGCUGUGAGGGAGCUAAAUAAGAUCCUUAAAGAUGUCUCUCUGGGAACCAAGACCAAGAUAAUCCAAACUAUGGUAUUCCUUAUUGCUAUGUAUGUAUAUGAAAGUUGGACAGUGAAGAAAGCUGACAAUCACACACACGCGCGCGUUCUGUAAAAUGCAUUCACUUUGACCAUUCCCCAUUCUGGUACCUGAUGAUGUGGCAGCACUUCACUGUGCUUAUUACUUUGAGAAAUGGAGACUGGUUGAUCCCAGUAGCUGCUGGCCUCUAAGACUAAUGGUGACAGCCACUCCCCUGACCCAUGUGCCUGAGCCACUUCAGUUACUCAUUAAAUUCCUUGCCAUUCCUCCCCAGAAAACAGAGAGAAGUAAGGGAAAGAACCCUAGUUGCACUGUAAUACGUAUUUGUAUUCAAAGCAGUUUGUCUUGGCAGUGCCUGUAACUGGAGAGCUUCCUUCAGCCAUUGGCAUAGCAUUUCAGGUAGUGGUGCGAGAGGGACAUUGAAGAACACAAACAGCUGUUUCCAUUCACUGUUGACAAUAGUGGCCUAGAUAGACCAAUGUGCUGACUCACUAUAAACAGUUAAGGAAACAAAAGUAUAUGGCAGAAAACCUGUCCCAGUAAUUCUGUGAAUCUUGGCAUUAAGGCCAUGGUUCAUGCAGUCACUUUCAAUGUAAAAAUGGAAGAUUUGUAUUCACUUACCGUGAAGCUUCUUUCUCCAUGGUUUGGAAUGGGUGAGUCGGAACUGAUGGGAAGUAGCUCCUCCUCCUUAGCAGGGUCGGUCGAAUCAAACGAUCCUCUCUGGGAGGGCUCUUCCCCAGCGCGCCAGUUGUUUUCCAAGCCCUCGAUACUCUGCCACCACCGAGAUGUCCACUCUAGUUGUAACAUUAACCUGGUAACAUAACUACAACACAUACAGAAAAAAUAACCAUCAACCAAACUGUUUUCCCCCCAACAUAGGGUGGGUACAUCUGACCCACUCCAGACCAUGGAGAAAGAAGCUUCACGGUAAGUGAAUACAAAUCUUCCAUUCUCCCAUGGUCUGAAGUGGGUCAGUCGGAAAUGAUGGGAUAUAGUCUAGCAGUGUUCUAAUGGGCGGGUGAUCUAUGUUUACAUAACAUGCUGUAGCACCCUCCUCCCGAACGCUGCCUCCAUAGAUGCCAGCUUGUCUACCUUAUAAUGCUUAACAAAGGUGUGUACAGAUUUCCAGGUAGCUGCCCUACAGAUUUGUUCUAAGGACGGAAACGCCCUAUAUGCUGCUGACGUGGCCGCCCCUCUCAAUGAGUGGGCCAUAAUUCCCUCUGGAGGUGUCAAAUGUCUAGACCUAUAUGCAAGGGAGAUGCAGUCCCUAAUCCAUCUGCUUAGUGUAACUGUAGACACUUUCUCCCCCAAGGAACGUUUCCGGAAGGAAAUGAACAUGUUCUCUACCUUACGAAGGGGCCUAGUCCUAUCUAAGUAGAAACUCAAAGCCUGUCUAACGUCUAAUGUGUGCCAGACUCUUUCCUGUUCGUGUUUAGGAUUGCUACAGAAGGAAGGGAGAAUAAUGUCCUCCCCCCUAUGGAAGGCUGAAUUGACCUUUGGGAUGAAUGCAGGAUCUGGCCUAAGUACCACUUUAUCAUUGUGGAAAAUGCACAACUCAGGGUUCACAGAGAGUGCCCCAAUCUCCGAAACCCUCCUUGCUGAGGUGGUUCCCACUAAGAAUAUAGUUUUGAAAGUCAGUUCCUUAAGCGAGCAGGUCGCCAUGGGUUCAAAAGGCGCCCUAGUGAGAGCAGUCAAUACCACAUUCAGGUUCCAAGUAGGGAAUCUAUGAAUCUGCGGUGGAUUAAGCAAUGUAGUUCCACGGAGGAAACGCUUAAUGUGAGGGUGUCUAGUCAGUGAAAUUUCCUCCUUUGAUCCCCUAACCGCAGAAAUAGCUGCUGUCUGCCUCUUCAGUGUGCUGGCGCUCAGCCCCUUGUCCAUUCCUUCCUGAAGGAAAAGUAGUAUCUUGUGUACCGAUGCUGACAUUGGAUCAAUCACUCCCUUCUCACACCAAGUUCGAAAUGUCUGCCAUGUCCUGUUGUAGCUGUUAUGUGUAGACCCCUUUCUAAAGGCCAACAUCGUAACAAUUGCACUGUCCGCGUAUCCUAAGGAUGACAGCUGCUUGCACUCAACCUCCAGACUGUUAGUUUCAGCAAGGCCGGUUCCGGGUGAAGUAUUUUCCCCUGUGAGAGUAGGUCUGCCUGAUCCGGUAGACUCUAAGGUUCCAUUAUCGACAGACUAUUUCCUGAAACCACGCCCGUCGUGGCCAGAACGGAGCAAUUAACACUACCUCCGCUUGUUGAUGUAUUAUCCCUUGCAGCACUCUGUCCAGUAUGCGUAUCAGAGGGAACGCGUACAGGAGCCCGGGAGGCCAAUUUUCGUGCAGUGCAUCCGUCCCUAACGCCCCGUACUCCUUCCAUCUGGUCAUGAACCUUGGAAGUUGAGCGUUGUGUGUUGAGGCGAACAGGUCCACUUCCGGUACUCUGUACCUCUGACAUACCUGUAGGAAAACCUCCCUGUUUAGGGUCCAUUCCAACUGGUCCACCGUAGUCCUGCUCAGCCAGUCCGCUACAGUAUUGUGGACGUCCGCGACAUGUAUUGCCUUUAUGGACUUCAGAUUUUGUUCCGCCCAUAGCAUAAUCUCUGCCGCCUCCUUGUUCAGUGACCUGUAUCUUGUCCCUCCCUGUCUGUUUACAUCUGCCUUUGUUAUCAUAUUGUCUGUUUGAAUCAGUACAUGUUUUCCUGCAAUUAUCUCUUGUAGCUUCCACAAUCCGUUCUUGACCGCACGAAGUUCCAGCCAGUUUAUGCUGUUUUGUCUCUCCUCUGCUGUCCUUGUUCCUUGGGUCAUGUUUCCUCUUGUGUGCGCUCCCCAUCCUAGCAGGCUCGCGUCUGUUGUCAUCACGAUCCUUUCGGGUUCUCUGAGAGGAACUCCUACUUCGAAUCUUCCCGGUGAUGUCCACCAGUUUAACUCCUGACUCACCGACUGUGUCAGUCCUAUGCGUUUGUGUUCUUUGCGUGCUAUAGUCCUCUGAUACGGUCUGAGGAGCAUCUAGAGUGAUCUUGUGUGAAAUCUGGACCAAGUCAGUGCAUCCUGACAGGACACCAUCAUGCCCUGUAGCUUGGCUAGCUGCAUCACCUCUGUCUUCUUUUGACUCUGAAUCAGUCCUAUCAGUGACACUAUCCUGAGUUGCCUCUCCUUCGAAAUGAAUGCCCUGUCUCUGACCGUAUCUAUCGUCACUCCCAAAUGGGCUAUCCUUUGUGAUGGUAUGAGGCCGCUCUUUUCCCAGUUGAUAAUGAAGCCGUGCGCCUCUAGACAGUCCGUUGUUGUCUGAAUCGCUUCCUCCCCUUCUGUGCGGGUGCGAGUCUUUAUGAGGACAUCGUCCAAGUAAGGAUACAGCAUGAUUCCUUGCAUCCUGAGAAACGCUAUAAGGGUCACUAGAACUUUCGUGAAUACCCGUGGAGACGAUUUUAGUCCGAAGGGUAGAGCCCUGUACUGGUAGUGUUCUCCGUUGUACGCAAAGCGUAGGUACCAUCUGUGAGAUUCCCUGAUGGGUAUAUGGAGAUAAGCCUCUGAUAGAUCUAUGGAGGCUAGGAAGUCGCCUUGUUGGAUGGUCUCCAGAAUAGAUCUCAGAGUCUCCAUCUUGAAUUUGCGUGAUUUUAUAAACUGAUUCAACCAACGUAGAUCCAGUAUUGCUCUGGUUUCCCCAUUUUUCUUUGGUACAACGAAGAACACUGAAUACACCCCUUUGUUCCAGUAAGGUGACACCACUGGUUCUAUGGCUCUGAUUGUCAACAGGUGUUGUAUUGCUUUCUUUAUCUGAAGAUGCUUUGUCUCUAAGAUGUUCUUUUUUACAUGAACGACGCGAUUCGGGGGUCUGUUUUGAAAUUCCAGUGAGUAGCCCCUGGAUACCGUUUCCAGCACCCAUCUGUCCGAGAUUGUCAUCUUCCACUGGGUAGAGAAUUCCAGAAGCCGACCCCCAAUCAUCGUCACCCUCCGUUGGGCAUAGUCAUGCUUGAUGUACUUUCUUCUGUCCUUUGUUUUGACGGCCGGAUUUUGCGGAAUGCGAACAAUCUAUCAUUCCUGCCUCUCGGCUGCCACCGGCUCUUAUAAGGUCUGGAAGCCGGCUGUCGAAAGGGACGCUUGGAAUCACGAAAGGAAUGUUUAUCUCUCGGUCUGGUCUCCUUCCUCUUAGAUGGUAAGACCUUCUUCUUUUCCGUGUCCUCUACCAAGUAUCUCUCAAGGGCUUCCCCGAACAGUCUGGCCCCCAUGAACGGGAUUGCUGCCACUUUGCUCCUCGCUGGAGGGGCCACAUCCCAAUUUCUCAGACAUGUAUUCCUUUGUGCUGCUACAUUGAAACCCAUCAUCGCCCUGGAGGACAUUUGGAAGGAGUCCAAUGUUGCAUCUGCUGCAAAAGCCACUGCCAAGGCGAUCUUCUUCACCUCGUUUUUUAUUUCUUUAGGUACCUCACUGCCUGUAGCGGCCAGAUUAGACGCCCAAGUAAAGGCUGCUCUAGCAAACAAGGAUCUGUGGCAGAUGCCUUAAGCGCUGCCGUUGAGGCUUCGAAAUGUCUUCGUAGUGAUUGCUCUGUUUUCUUAUCCGAUAAGUCCUUGGGCAUUCCUUCCACAUCCAUGGGCAAAACUGAGGUAGUGGCCAGGCUGGUGACUGUGUCAUCGACCACAGGUAAUUUCAAUUUCUUUGUGGCCUCGGGAGCCAAGGAAUACAAUUUGUUAAACACAGAUUGGUAAAUCUUAGGUUUAGAAAGAUUUUCCCAUUCAGCCUUUAAGAUACUGUGGAAAGAUGCUGGUAGAGGUACCCCCGACUGGGUAUUUCCUGCCUUUGGGAGCACACUCUCUAAACCCUGGGGGAAAGCUGGAUCAGAUUCUUCCCUUCCUACAGAGGUUUGAGAAAUUUCUAAUGUUCUCAGCACUUUGGUUAGUAGUUUAGGAAAAACCUCCAGUGGGAAAAGCCUAGUCUGUAUGGCUCCUUCACUUACCUCCUCUUCCUUAGAAAGUUCUCCCUCAUCACUAUCUGAGUGGGGAUUAGAUAUCUCAGAUUCUGACUGUAGUUCUUCAGAUAGACUUGAGUCUCCCUCUAAGUAUUUCUCUUGGAUCCUAAUCCUUUUGGCUGUAGAGAGAGACUCAGAUGAUCUGGGCUUUGGUCUCUUAGAUGGUCUAGAGGCAGUGCCUCCCUUCUUUGAUGUCUCUGAGCCUUUAAUGGAGUCCUUAAUUUCCUUGAAGCCAUUCUGCAUUUCCGUUCUGAUCCAAGCUAGGAGAUUCUCCUUAGCUUCUGGACCAGAGAGAUCUAGCUGUUUGCAUUCCUGGCCUCAAUGUGCUGGGACCCGGGGAGGAACGAUUAGAUCCCGGGGAACUAGAUAAAUCUAGGCCUUCAGCAAUCACCGCAGCUGUGCUGGGCCCUUCCAUCCCCAGAGCGGUUGCUGUCCCGCCAAAAUGCUUCCCUCACAUAGAGGAGAAGGGGGGGAGCAAGAAUGGGCACAGAAAGCAGAAACAACGAGGAAAGGGGAAGAAGAACAGUUCUGAGUUCACUCAGUUCCCUCCAAAAAGCCCUCCUGUUAUUCAGAGUCGUCUUCCCUCCUUCCCGGUGACCCGCAGGGUCACUUACCGGGCUUCUGUGGCACAGGGAAGACUUCUCCCGUCGCCGCUUCUGCGUGCUUCGUUGGGAGCGUUACUUCUUGCAGCUGCAGUGAGCGUGCUUCCUUUGCUGCGUCUUUUGCCGCCCCCUGACGCUCAGCGUUCCGCAGCUGGCGUUUUUUUUCUUGUGCCCGCAGCACACACGCCGCCGCUGUAUCUCCGCCUCGGCCGUUCCUCUCCCCCAGUUUGACUUCUCCCGCUGCGCUGCUCCGCUGCUGCAGCGCGAGCUGCACACCCCUUCUCCGCUUUUCCCGGUCAUCCAACGGUCGCGCGGGGGGGGCACGUCGGGGUGGAGGGACAAGCCCUUCCUUUUCCCCAGGCCGACCAAGUCUUGACAAACGAUGUCUUCUUUCUUUUCUUUUCUUUUGGGAUCGUUGCUCAGAGAGCAACAGAUUCGACUACCUGCAGAAGCAGGGCCGGCAAAAACUGGCGCGCUGGGGAAGAGCCCUCCCAGAGGGGAUCGUUUGAUUCGACUGACCCUGCUAAGAAGGAGGAGCUACUUCCCAUCAGUUCUGACUGACCCACUUCAGACCAUGGGAGAAUUGUAUUACAUUGAAGCUUCACAAUGCAUUGUAAACUUGCCAACAGUUUUUCAGCCAUAGAUUCAGAAGAAACAAUCUUUAGUAAAGUUUGCAGUACAAAAUUUAGAUUUACUCUGUUGGAAAAUACAAUCUAGAGCUGCUAUAGCAUAGCGGUUAGAGUUACAAAUCAGUAUUCUGCUGGUUCAAAUCCACUCCUGCCAUGAGCUCAGUAGGAGGCCUUUCAGCCCUGUCACCUCAGCUGUAUUGUGGAGAUUAAUAAUAAUACUGACUUUGUUCACCCCUCUGAGUGGGGCACUCAUCUGCCUAGAGGAGCAGUAUAUAAGUGCAGUUAUUAUUAUAUUAAAAUUAGGAGCUGGUUGCAAGGCUGCAAUCCUAAAUGCAUACGAUAUUUGCAUUAAAAUCAAUGGGCAGGAAGGCAACACACAAAUUCUGUAAAUAAGUGAGGUUUGCUUUCACCUAAAUGAAUUUAGGGCUAGUGUUACAUGACUAGCUACAGAUCCAAGCAUGUCUCACAAACAAACAUGCAACACACCAGCCAUUGUAUUGCAGAACUGCUAUUUAUUUCAAGUGUUCAUAGCUUUCUCUUGGGGUAUAUGCAGUUUAGUUUUUUUGGCUUGUCCAUAACCAAUGUACCUGUUACCUGACAAAGUUUAAUAUCUUGAUUCUACUACUACUACUAUGGUCAAUUGAAAUCUGAUCAAGGAAGUUGCAGGAGUAUUGUUAAUAAGAAACCUGGUUUUCUUACAUAGACUGUACUGAAGAGCCUGUCUUUCAUUCCCCUCCUCCUCUAUUUUUUACUCUUCCACUCAUGAUACGUAUGAAUUAUAUUUUUGUAACACACAGGUAGUGCCUGUUAAAAGCAAGACUCAAGCCGCCAUGUGUGAGAUUAUGUACCACAGUUACUUGUCAGUUGCUGGUCCAUCUCUUUUCCUGUAUUGCUAGAGUCCUGCCAAAAACAAGUCCACAAAAAUUGUUUAUGCAAAUAACUUUUAUGUAGAUGUGUUUAUAUGCACAGUCUCUUCACAGUAUCUGGGGUCCUUCUGAAUUGAGUGCAUACACACAUAUACUUCAAAUUGUUUUGGUAAAUCUGCUGUACUGAGGCAGUUGCUCUCAGGGUAUUUUUUAAAAUGCUUUUUUUUAUCUGCUGCAUAGAUUUACUGUCACAUAAAUAAUUCUGAAUUCGGUAGGUAUACACAUUUUUAGUGCCAAGUUCCAGAAUGUAUUGUAUACACUGGGAAGGUGAACAAAUUACUGUUUUUUUUUUCUAUGCUAUUAAUUGCCCUUUAAAUAUUUUCCUAUAUAGAACGCAUUUACAAAAACAAGCAUUCUAGCAGCAAAGGUCAACUUUUUCAAAAAAAAAAAUUGUUCUGUAGGCUUUAUAUAUAAAUUGUAAGUCAGAUGGCACCAAUGGAGUUUUAUGUGUACAUGUAUUUUUGUACUUGCUUCAAAUAAAUUUUCAAAGAA